AUGUGCAAUGCCUUUUGCAUGUAUGAAGGCAAAGACUCCCAGCUUCAGCCCCCUUGGUGCCCAACCUACAUUUGCACAAGUGGAAAAAGUGUCUGGGACCUGGCCUUUCCACUUUUCCAAAAGGGGUAUCACAUCUACUUAGACAAUUAUUACACAAGACUGCCCCUUUUCUGCCAGCUGUACCUUGAGAAAACGAUGGUAGAACCCGAACAAACAGGAAGGGCUUCCCACAAAAUUUAGUGAACACAAUUCUAUAAAGAGGAGAAUCUGCAAGUCUGAGGAACAAGAAAGUGUUGGCCAUGAAGUGGAGGGAUAGGAGAGAUGUUUAUGCCCUCUCCACUAUCCUUAAUGACACCAUGGUAGAAAUUCAUAGAAGACAAGGUCUCAUCCAAAAGUCAGAGUGUAUCCACAAUUAUAAUCAA